AUCUAUCGAAGCAGCUGGAGCCCGAUGCAGCGGCUGCAGCGGCAGCGGUGGGGGUGUCGAGGCGCAAGGGCGGCCGAGCGAAGAAGGCUGUGCUGACCAACCGCUCCCUGGUUGUGUCCCGCCGCAAGCAGCACCGACCCGAGGACCCCUGGCAGGAGUACCAGCCCUGCACCUGCUCCGGCCGCUGCACCCAGGACUGCCCCUGCGUGGCCGCACACAACUUCUGUGAGAAGUUCUGCGCAUGCAGCGCCGACUGCAAGGAGAGGUUCCGCGGCUGCACCUGCAAGGCCGCCUGUCGCACCGCCGCCUGCCCCUGCUGGGCCGCGGGGCGCGAGUGCGACCCCGACCUGUGCGCCGGCUGCGCCCCCACCCUGGAGGCGCGCGACGAGGGCCGCCCGCCGCCCCCCCGCGAGUGCCAUAACAUGCGGAUGCGCCUGCGGCAACACGCACAUGUGGUGCUGGGGACAUCGGACAUUCCGGGUGCGGGGUGGGGUGUGUUUGCGGCGCACCACGUGCCCAAGAACGGCUUCCUGGGGGAGUACACGGGCGACCUGAUCACGCAGGAGGAGGCCAACAGGCGGGGUAUCGUGUACGACCACAUGAACAGCAGCUACCUGUUUAACCUGAACACCGAGUGGGUGCUGGACGCCAAGUUCAGGGGCAACAAGCUGCGCUGCGCCAACCACAACGACGACCCAGUCGCCUCCGCGCGCGUGCUGACAGUGGACGGGGAGAGCCGCAUCGCCAUAUUCGCGGAGCGGGACCUGGCGCCGGGGACCGAGAUCACAUACAACUACAGGUACGACGACGAGACGGCCCCUCGCUGGGCGCGCAGGAAGCACCACCG